AUGUCGGGCGAAAAUAAUAAUAAUGUCACUUUAAAUGCUGCCGGAUCCUCCUCAUCUAUUAUUGUUGGUGAUACAACAAACAAUAAUAAGUCUAAUAAUAACAAUUCUUCUUUUUCUGAUGUUAUUACUAAUACCACCAAUAAUAAUGACACAGAUCAACAACAAUCAAAAAAUAAAGAUGUCGUAUCAAUUGAGACUAACAAACAACAACAUCAACAACAUCAAUACCAACAACACCGUAAAUCUACUACUAUCACCAAUAUUAUUAAUACUGGCAAUAAUAGUUAUAAUGGACCUGAUUCUCAAAAAAAAUAUAAAAAUCAAAAUCCAAACCAAAACAACAAUACUUAUAAUUAUAAUAACAGUAAUUAUAAUAAUAAUUACAAUAAUAAUUAUAAUAACAAUAAUGAUAACGGAUCUCAUCGUCGUGGUAAAUCUUUGGCUCAUGUUGGAGAACUUCAAGGCCCAUCCUCCUCCUUAUUGUCUUCUAAAAAUAAUAAAGUUAGUAAAGAUGAUUCUGAAAAUAAAUCUGAAGCUUUAGAAUCUUUACAACAAAUAAUUGCUAGUCUUAAGAGUCUACCUGCUUCAAGUGCAGAUAGUGUCGGAAGAAAAUCUAACGCUUUCCCUAAUAUCAAUAAACAACAUAAAAAAGGUGCAUCGGUAUCUUUCUAUUUUCCUUCUCCUCCUGCAAACACAUCAUCAUCUCCUCUAAAAUCUGUUCAAGAUCCUGAUGACAGUAAUAACAAACCAAUGAAUAUUGAGAAUGCAUUACAGGAUACUCUUACCUCAUUGAGACGUAUGAGCCAAGAUAGAGUUAUUUUAUAUGGUGGUGUUGAUAGAAGACCAUCAUAUGCAGAUCAAGAUGAUUCUUCUCCAACAUCUCCUUUUGAUUUCAAAAAAUUGAAUGACGAUGCUUUAGCUAAUGCUACUACCAACUCUCCUCCUAUAUUUCCUGUAAAAUCGAUUGUACAAGCUCAUGGUCGUAGACACAGCGUUGCUCUUAAUAACAACAAGGAUAUUAUGAAAGAGCUUGAAAAAAAUCAAACUAGAACAAUUGAUACUGAUGGAAAAGGUCAUCGUAGAACUAAUUCCAGAAAUCUUGAUAAUAAUUGGAGAUCAGCUCAACCAUUCAAUCAAUUCCAAGUCUUUAAUAAAUUUGGUGGUGGUCAAAACCAAAAGAAACAACAGCAAAAUCAACAAAAUUCCAAUCAACAGCAAAGAAAGUCUCUUUUUGCUCCCUACCUUCCUCAAGCCUCUCUUCCUUCUCAUCUUAAAGCUGGAGAACUUGUAUAUGGUGUUUUAAGAAUCAAUAAACGAAAUCGCUCUGAUGCCUACGUGACCACAGAAUUUCUUGAUAGUGAUAUCUACAUCUGUGGUUCCAAGGAUAGAAAUCGUGCUUUGGAAGGUGACAUAGUUGCUAUCCAACUCUUAGAUCCAGAAAAAAAAGUUGAUAAAAAGAAAGACGAUGUUGAGGUUGAGGGACAAGGUUUAUUAUUAUUCGAGGAUGAUGAAGUUAUCACAGAUGAUCAAAGACCAAAAUAUUGUGGACAUGUUGUUGCUGUCAUGGAAAGAAUGCCUGGACAAAUGUUUUCUGGUACUCUUGCACUUUUACGGCCUUCUUCUUCUGCCACGAAAGAACGCGAAGCUGCUGAAAAAGCUCGCCGUGAUGCUCAAGAUAGAGCAAACGGUAUUGAGCCAAGAAUUGAAGAAUCAAGAGAUUAUAGAAGAGAUGAAAGAACCGAACGCCCUAAAAUUACUGAUAAACGUGUUCCUUUAAUUGCUAUCCCGACUGAACAAGCACCACUAGAUUUUGUUGAGAAUCAUCAAAACUAUGCACAAAAACUAUUUGUUGCGUGUAUCAAACGUUGGCCAAUUACGUCACUUCAUCCAUUUGGUACACUGGUAUCACAACUUGGUGAAAUCGGUGAUAUAGAUGUUGAGACGCAAGCUCUUAUCAGAGACAACAACAUCUCAACUGAGGAAUUUAAUGAGAAUGUGUUGAAAUGUUUGCCCCAAGUACCUUGGACUAUUCCAGAAAAGGAGAUUGAGUUACGUCGUGAUCUACGCUCAACUCGUAUCUUUACCAUUGAUCCAUCAACUGCCAAUGAUCUUGAUGAUGCUAUUUCAUGUGCUCGAUUACCUGAUGGCAAUUAUGAAAUCGGAGUCCAUAUUGCUGAUGUCAGUUAUUUUGUCAAGCCAAAUACUCUGCUUGAUCGUGAGGCCCGUAAAAGAGCUACAACUGUCUAUUUAGUUCAAAAGGGUAUUCCAAUGUUGCCUAAUCUAUUGUCCGAAGACUUGUGUAGUUUGACUCCUGGCGCUGAUAGGCUUGCGUUUUCUGUUUUUUGGACCAUGACUCCUGAAGGAAGAUACUCAAAUACACGAUUUGGAAAAACAAUCAUCAAGCCUUGUGCAAAGUUAUCAUAUGAUGAUGCUCAAGAAGUAAUUGAUGGAAGACCAUUAAAUCCCAAUGUUAAAAUUUAUAAUGAUUUUUCUGCAAGUGAAAUUGAAGCUGAUAUUAAAGUAUUCCAUGAACUUUCUCAAAAAAUGCGUGAAAUACGUUACAAACGUGGUGCAUUAUCAUUAAGUUCAAUUAAACUUACUUUUGACAUAGAUGAAAAUGAUAAUCCAAUUCAAUGCCAUGUUUAUAAACAAAAUGCCGCUAAUCAACUUAUUGAAGAAUUCAUGUUACUUGCAAACAUGAGUGCUGCACAUAAAAUCUCUAGCACAUUCCCUGAACAAGCAUUGUUAAGACGCCAUGCUGCUCCUAUUGAUCGUAGGCUUAAUGAUUUUCGUGAACAUGCAGCUAGAUUUGGUUAUGAAUUUGAUAUUUCAUCUGCAGGAGCUUUACAAAGAUCAUUUAAUAAAGUUGAUAAUGCAGAUGCAAAAGAGGUUUUGGAACUUCUUGCCAUUAAACCAUUACAAAGGGCCAAGUAUUUCUGUACCGGUACAUUAGAUAUUGCCAAAUAUCAACAUUAUGCAUUGAAUGUUCCACUUUAUACACAUUUCACUUCACCUAUUCGUCGUUAUGCUGAUGUUCUUGUUCAUAGAAUGCUCGAAGCUGCUUUAUCAGGCGAGAGGAAAUUUUAUAUCGAUAAAGAUAAUGUACAAAAAACAGCCAGUUAUUGUAAUAUUAAGAAAGAAGCAGCAAAUAAUGCACAAGAACAAAGUAAUCACUUAUUUUUAUGUGUACUUCUUAAUAAUUUGGCAGCUCAAUCUGGUCCAGUUAUUCGUGAAGCAAAAGUUGUGGGUGUGAAAGAACAUGCAUUUGAUGUUCUAAUACCUAUUUUUGGUAUAGAGAAACGAGUGCACUUGGAUCAAUUGCCUUUAGAAAAAUUUAUCUUCAAUAGUGAAAAGAUGGAGUUAACAUUGGUUUGGAAGCAUGGUGUUAGCUCUUUGGAACCAAUGUCCGAUGAUUAUGGGUUCGGUGUUGAAGAGGAAGAAGAAGGUUUAGAGGUUGAUGAAGAGGCAUUGCUUGCAGACGAUAACGAUGAUUACCAUUACGAAAUGAUGGAUGCUGCUGCUGGCGAUGGAGAAGCCACUAGUACAAUUGUUAACAAUAAUGAUACCGGAAAGGGUGAAAAUGUUUUAACGACAACAGCUGCUACUGCUGUCGCACCAUCUUCCACCACUUCUUUUAACGAAAAAUCUAAUAUUAAAAUGGAAGAAAAUACUAGUGUUAAUUUUAAUAUUGCUGCUUCAUCACCUGAAGAAGUUUCAUCGUCAACUUCAACAGCUAAUAAAUUAUCUUCUCCGACCAUCAUUUCUUCUGCACCAGUUAUCCAACAACCCGUAGUAUCAAAAUUGACCAUCACUUCAGAUCCUGCUAUUCCUAAUUCUCAAAUAAUUCGAGAGCUUACUCACCUUAAUGUCGUUAUCACUGCUGAUUGUAAAAAGAGCCCACCUGUUAUCAAAGUUUUAGCUGUAAAUCCUUUUACUUAA